AUGCAGCGUCAGAUCCUCGCCACCAAGGGCGCCACUGGUGGUGACUUUCUGCGCAUCCAAGACGUCGACCACUUCGACCAUCGCUGUCAGCAGCUCUGCUCCCACGCCCAGCAGUGGGUGCUUCGCUUCUCCAAGUUUUCCGACAUGCGCGCCUGCCGCCUGACCAACGAGAUCAAUGACGAAAAGGUCAUUGACCGCCUCGACAAUGCCGUCCUCGACGGCUCCGACGUCGACCGCUACCUCGCCGACCGCGUCAAGCGUCGCGACAUCUUCAUGUCCAUGACCAUGAACAUGAUCUGGGAGUUUGUCUUUACCCGCUACCUCUUCGGCAUGGACCGCGAGCAGCGUCAAAAGCUCAAGUCGCUCGAGAAGCUCCUCACCGACGUCGGCCCACCCCAGGCCGUCCGCCAGUGGCGCGCCGUCACCCUGACGCUCCUCGCCCGCCGCGCCAGCUUCAAGGAGCAGCGCGACCUCGACACCGAGGCCGUCGUCCAGGCCAUCAUCCACACCCUCUCCACCGUCCUGCCCCCACCCUCCAACAUGGAGGCCCAGAUCCAGUCCCAGCUGCGCCGCGUCAUGCGCGAGGCCGUCGAUCUCUCCAUCGAGAUGCGCACCCAGCGCGCCGAGUACAUGAUGCUGCCCCCGCUGCAGCCCACCUACGACGAAAAUGGCGAGCUCGCCGAGACGGUCACCUUUAACGCCUCUCUUAUGAACGAACGCAGCGGCGAUGGCUCCGUCUCCAACGAGGACCUCGAGUCCCAAUCCGCUGUCGUGCGCGUCGUUCUGUUCCCCCUCGUCGUCAAGAAGGGCGACGACACGGGCGACGGCGACGAGGAGAUUGUCGUCUGCCCCGCCCAGGUUCUUGUCGCCCGCAACCACGACAAGCGCCGCUCCCUCUCGGGCAACGCCGGCCGUCUGCUGACGCCCUCAAGCGACGCCGGCGGUGCCGCCCUGUCCUACACAAACCGCAGCGACAUCAGCAUGCGCACCGAUGGCACCUACAACCCACAGCAGGCUCGCACCCCCGAGGCCGAGUACUUUGCCGGCGGCAUCUGA